CAUCAUCCUUGAAUACAUGAUUGUGAGGGAAGGGAAUGGAUAAUUUUGGGCCUCUGACCGAAUGACGAAAUUCAGCAAUGGAGGAUACAGCAGAGGAAGACAUUUGUCGUGUUUGUCGAGCUGAAGGAACGAAGGAGAAGCCGCUGUAUCAUCCGUGCAUCUGUACUGGAAGCAUAAAAUACAUACACCAAGAAUGCUUGGUCCAAUGGUUAAAACAUAGCAAAAAAGAAUAUUGUGAACUAUGUACUCAUCGGUUUACAUUCAAACCAAUUUAUUCCCCGGACAUGCCAACCAGACUCCCUGUCACAGACUUUGUGAGUGGUUUGAUACGAACCAUACUUCGGGCGAUACGUUUUUGGUUUCAUUAUAUCCUAGUGGCUUUUGCAUGGCUUGGUAUUGUGCCACUCACAGCUUAUCGAAUCUACAGAUGCUUGUUUGCCGGCACUCUGAGCUCUUUACUGACGUUGCCACUGGACAUGCUAUCAACUGAAAAUUUAAUACCAGACUGUAUCAAAGGAAGUUUCGUCGUCGCAUGUACACUGUGUGCUUUCAUAAGUCUUGUCUGGCUGCGCGAGCAGAUUGUUAUGAAUGGUGGACCAGCUUGGCUUGAGCCAAGAGAAGAUAACGCUGCUGCGGCUGCUCAUGAACAUGGUGUGGAAAAUCCACCCAAUGAGGGUGAUAACCAGGAUGCAGGCGAACAUGGGCCUGCAGAUGGUGGAGAAGAUGGACCAGCAGGCAAUGAUGGAGCUGCUCCAGUCAAUGCACCAGAAGAUGAGAACAACUGGAAUCCUGUGGAAUGGGACAGAGCUGCAGAGGAGUUGACCUGGGAGAGGAUGCUUGGGUUAGAUGGAUCCUUACUUUUUCUGGAACACGUGUUCUGGGUCGUGUCUUUGAAUACAUCUUUCAUAUUAGUUUUUGCGUUUUGUCCCUUCCACGUUGGCCGUUUUGCCACCGUCUUAUUGUCUCUGGAAGAUAUGGUGAAGUCAUCUCACCUGGACAAGCUCCUAACUACAGUUCUAGGAUAUAUAAUACUCGCAGCAACCUUAGUUUGGUGUCAUAGCAUGGCCUCUCUUUUUAAAAUGAGAAAAGCAAAGCGAAUCCUGGGUUUGUGUUACAUCAUCGUAAAGGUUUCUCUUCUAAUGGUCGUUGAAAUUGGUGUCUUUCCUUUGGUUUGUGGCUGGUGGCUUGACAUAUGUUCUUUGCCAUUGUUUGGAUCAACGUUGAAGAGCCGUCAGGAAGGAUUCCAUUCGGCACCUGGAACCUCGCUGUUUCUUCAUUGGCUGGUCGGAAUGGUAUUUGUUUUCUAUUUCGCCUCAUUCGUGCUUUUGCUACGAGAGGUGAUCCGACCAGGCGUGUUAUGGUUUCUGAGAAAUCUAAAUGAUCCAGAUUUUCAUCCAGUUCAAGAGAUGGUUCAUUUGCCGUUGUACAGACAUGCUCGACGCUUUCUCCUAUCAAUGGUGGUGUUUGGCACGACAGUGAUGCUCAUGGUUUAUCUUCCAGUUCAGUCCAUCAAGCAAGUGAUGCCCGUGUUUCUUCCGUACAACAUUCGCCUCUCCAGCGAGGUGCCAAUGAGCGAGUUAUCUCUUGAACUACUCCUGCUUCAAGUAAUCUUACCGGCGUUACUAGAGCAGGGUCAUACGCGGCAAUGGUUGAAAGGCCUGGUGCGAGGAUGGGUUGUAGCCACGGCCUAUUUAUUAGAUCUUCGUUCCUAUCUUCUUGGUGACGUGUCUUUGGAUGGCGUGGAAAAUGUCGUGCAUUUCAACAAUGACUAUCGGAUUGUAGCAAAUCCGCCCGCAUUGCCCGGUAAUGCUCCUGCACAACCAAACGCAAAUCAGGCUCCACCACCUCCCGCGCCUGGGGAAUUCCGUGAAGGUGGACGGGUGGUCAUUCAACCUUAUAUCCGACCCGACCGUUUCACCAUCAGGAUAACUUUUCUUAUUGUGUUUAUGUGCCUAUCUCUGGCUGUGUCAAGUUUUCUUUUCAUGACUCUCCCAGUUGCUGUUGGUCGUUUCGUAAUGCACCUGGUAGUUUCUGGCAUCACAGUUCAUGAGCUGUAUACAGCUGCAUUUGGUCUGUACAUUAUUUGGCUGCUGUGUCGAACUGCUAGUAUUCUCAUAUCCUGGUUACCACUGGGGGUGAACGGCAUCGUUGAUAAGAUGAAGAACUGGACACUACUGUUCUUGAAAUGUGCCGUGAUUGCUGUGUUCGUAAUCGGAGUCAUUCCAUUCUUGCUUGGUCUUAUUUUUGAACUGGUUGUUGUCUCGCCUCUACGAGUAGGCAUGGACCAAUCUCCGCUCUAUUUUCCAGCCCAGGACUGGGCGCUAGGUGUUCUUCACACGAAGAUCAUAUGUGCCAUGGCCAUGAUGGGUCCUGAAUGGUGGCUUAAAAGAGUCUUAGAUCAGAUUUACCAGAACGGUCUUCGUGAAUUGGACAUGACGUUUAUCCUCCGAAAACUCAUCUUCCCUGUGACGAUAUGCCUCAUGUUGAUGAUAACAGCGCCGUAUGUUGCUGCAAAUCUAUUCAUACCACUGCUAGUUCCAUCUCGCGAGAUCCAGCUUCUCUUCAUACGUCAAGUGUAUCCAUUUCUUCUUGCUGUUGUCUUGCUUCUUGGAGGUCUGGUCUUUCAAGGAAAGCAAUUUCAAAGAUUAUAUGAACACAUCAAAAAUGACAAGUAUUUAAUUGGAAGACGUUUGGUAAAUUACGAACAUCAUUCUGUGAAUACACAGACACAGUCAACGAACAACACUUAGAGCCGAGUCAGUCUUACAGAGUCA